AUGGUCGGUAUUGGUGGUCGAAUAACCGCUAUCAUCCCAAUCAUUGCAUCAGCUGUCGCUGUUGCGCUUUCGAUUGUUCUCUUGACUGCUGGUUCCAGCACCAGUAGUGGCAACACCAACUACUGGCUAUCGCUUAACACAUCGAAAGUCGGACAGCAACUGAUCAAAAUUGAGGCGGCAAAUAAUACGAAUGGAAACGGAAAUGGUAAUGGUAACGGGGGCUUGCCCGGUCUUCCUGGACUUCCAACCCCCACCAUUCCAGGUCUUCCUCAGCCGUCCGAUCCCACAGGCAUCACAAGCGGCCUCAACGGUAUACUUGGCGGCCUCCUCGGAAACUUGACAAACGCGGUUGGGAACGGUGUGGAGGAUCUCGAGGGGCAGUUGAUGGGUAACCUGACGCAGGCCUUGGGAGUGAAGGAUACCUAUAAUCUUUUUCUUUCAAAAAUGUGCGAAGGCAACUACGCAAAUGAGAACGAUCCCAAGUCCAAGACCUCUAUCAUAUCAUGUUCGAGCUACGACGAUAAGGGAAAAGGCCUACGCAAUAUCACGGACUCCAUCCCCUCUUCCUUCGUAAUUGCAACUGCGAAUGUUUCAGUUCCACUCGUAUCAGCGCUGAGAGGCACCAUUGACCAGGUCGUUUCACUUGCUACCACCGGUGCGAAGGCCAUGAUGGCCCUGCUGGCAAUUGGCACGGCUUGUGCCGGCAUAACUCUGCUUGCCACACUACCGAUCAUAAUUGUCGGGUUCUGGCGUGUUCUCGUCAUUGUUUCACUGAUAUUUUCAAUGAUUGCGGCUACGGUUCUACCUCUCUUUGCAGCUGUCACCACGGGUAUCGUCAUCGGCGGUAAACACAUGCUUGACAAGCAAGGCGAUGCAUUUGGAAUCCAGAUACGUCAGGGCGGUCCUUUCAUCGCCAUGUCUUGGGUUGCUGCUGUGGCGUCGAUGGCAGCAGCUACAUAUUGGUUCAUGAUGUGGUUCGUCAGCUUUAGGAGGACAGCAUUCAGCCGACGCAAGCGGACGGAGAACGAGAUUGGCAAUUGGGGGGGCAUUUUUCGCGAGGUCAAAGCAGAUUUAAAAACUUGGGAAACUUCUGAAAAUGGCGGCGAAAAAUAA